AGAGCUGAGGUGCUUCGGGAGAUUCUACCAGCCACCCCCAUCCUUGUCCUCAUCUGCCGGCUGGAUGGAAAUAAAUCGGCGCCAGAGCUGGGCAUCCACGCCCUCGCUUCCAGUAAGGUUCCUCAUCUCGGUCUCUCUCCCCCUCUCGCUGAUUUUAUUUUUUAGUAUUUAUUUUUUGUUUUUUGUUUCGAUUUCAAUUCCUUCCUGCCUCCAGCUGUGCCCCUGGAUGCAUAAAUUAGAUCCUCUCACAAAGCUUACCGACCUUCCAAGCUCUGCGAGGCCGGCUUAGGUUUCGAUUAAGGGUGGGUGGUGGGCGGCUGGGAAUGGGAGUCCAGGUCGCCGGGACGUGCGUGCAGUACUGGUCCUCGCAGCUACUGCCCACCCAUGCCCCCUCUUCUUCCUCCCACACCCUGGCUUUUGUUUUCUCCUCUCUCUGCUCUAGGACUAGGAGAGAAGGAUGCAUCAUCGGCGGCGAUCGCGCCCUCACCUAUCGCCUCUCACCGUUCCUCGGGGCCAGAUUGCUGCCCCGGACUCGAUCCUUGGAGAUGCCCAAAGGAAGCGGAAUGCGAAGAAGGGAGCAAAACCUACGGAGGGUUUGCAGUGCCAGCCAGCUCGAAAGCUUCGGCGGUGACGACGAUGAGCAAGAGUUCGUUAAGAGGCUGCAGAAUUUAGCCGAGAUGCAUUCCACACCAAGAACAAAUCGUGAAGAAAAGAGCAGCAGCAGCAGCAGUGGUAUUAGCUAUGAUGAUGAUGCCUUCUCCUCCUGCUACUCUGUUUCCUCCUCUAAGCCCUCGAUCGAGCCUCCCUGGCUCUCCAGCAGGCCGGACUGGCCGGCAAGCGUGGAGCGGAACGCAACCAGCGUGGAUAUGCCACUCUCCCUGCGGAUUAUAAAACGGAAGAAGAAGGGGUCCUUCUUGAGAGAGGCGGGGGAGUCCGCCAGCUGCUCUGUGAAGAAGGCUUUCUCGUCCAUGGUGUUCAUCGUCCGGGAGCUCCACAGCUUCGCCCUCCAAAUGCGACGGACCCUAUUCUACGAGGAUCUCCAAGGGAUUCUGGUCAAGGUCCAACAGGAGAUCCACUCUUCCUUCGUCUGGCUCUUCCAGCGGAUUUUCUCCUGCACCCCGACCCUCAUGGUCUCCCUCAUGCUCCUCCUCGCCAACUACACCGUCUACUCCAUGGGCCACCCCACCUCCAUCGCUGCAACCGCCGCACCUUCUUCGCCGCCCCAUCAAUCCGCCGUCGUCACCGUCGUAAACCACCACCGACAACAAAGUGAAAACCAGCCGAGACACGAUCCUCCUUCCUCCGUCACGGGGAGAAUGGCCUCCAUCGGUGGAGGCGGUGGAGGAAAAGUGAGGCCGGUGGCGGGGGCCACAGACGACGGAUGGUCCGACGGAUCCUCGUCGUCGUCGUUCCAGAGCCGCACCAUUCUUCCCGACGGGAUCUCAGUAGUCACCGAAGGUGCUAGAGAGGGGGAGGGAUCGGCAGCUGUAACGGAAGAGGAGGCGGCCAGGGUUUGGAGCAGGAUAGUGGAGGAAGCUACUACAAUGUAUGCGAGCACGAGGGACGGGGCGCUGAUGGACCCCGACACGUUGAAGCGGCUGGUGUCGCCCGUUUCGGUGGAUUUGGAGCCGGAGGACUCCUCGGACUACAUGCGGACGGAGCUCAAUUACCAGCAGGCUCUGGCCCAAGAGCCCGACAAUCCCCUUCUCCUCUCCAACUUCGCCCAGUUCCUCUAUCUCGUCUUCCACGACCACGACAGGGCUGAGCACUACUUCAAGAGGGCGGUGCGAGCGGAGCCCGUGGACGCGGAGGCGUUGAGUCGGUAUGCAAGCUUCCUGUGGCUAGCGCGCAAGGAUCUGGCAGCGGCGGAAGAGACCUACUUGGAAGCCAUCGCCACGGAUCCCGGCAACACCGUCCAUGCCGCCAACUAUGCGCAUUUCCUGUGGAACACUGGGGGUGAGGACACCUGCUACCCUCUCGAUGGUAACGAUGCGUAGCGGUGGAAAGGAAAUACCAAUGCCAAAACUAGUCCAGCACAUGGGCAACGGACAGAACAAUACGAAGGGAACGUAGAAUUUGUUAGCACUAUAAAAAUAUGGUAGCAGCGAGAUGGCGCACGUAUACAUGAUCGGAAAACCUCUUGUUUAUUCGAUUGUCAUGGAUACUGGGAGUGAGGGCUGAGCAAUGAGAAUCCUCUCCUUGUGGGUGCGGAUGGGUGGGCUCUUGUUUCGAGAUUCUUGCCCACCGUGUGGGGGAUGGAUGGGCCGCUGUGCGAUCUCUUUAGUUGCUUUGUGAAAAGAAGGGCUUAUGUACCUCGUGAGAACAGGGUGGGGGGACGACUCCCAACCGCAUAUAUUCUUGUAAUUAGCAAUGCUAGAAAAAAAAAAAAGGGGUCUCCCUUACAGUAACGGCGGCUUUUUCCCUAGCAAAGCCUCGUAUUCUCCCUGCAUUUUCCAGUCUUUUCAUUCAUCUGAUUAGAAAGUGGUCUGUGGAAGCGUGGGCUGCAGUUUGCCGUCUCCAAUUGGUGGGCAUGUGACGAGCUUGCAAGCUGUUGUACCGCCCAACUUUGCUUGCAAUACCAAAAGUCGAAGCCUUUUUGCUUCGGUUGGUCUAACAUCGAUGUGGAAGUCGAAGGCUCUUUGCUUCGCUUGGUCGGACAUCCUUGAAAGAUGUGGAGUGCAGUAGGCGCACGUGAAGAAAAUUUACAAUAAUUCUUAAGGGAAGUCACGGCGUUAGUUACAUAAUUUCUUUUGGACAACAAAAAUAUUCUUUUAAAGUAAGUUUAUGCUGUACCUUGAUUUUGAUAUACGGCAACUUUUAUGAUCUAGUGCAAAAAUUUGAAUUGAGGAGUGCCGUUUUGUUUCAA